AUGGAGUUGUUGUUUAAGAAAGAAGGACUGGAUUAUGAUAAAGUGCAUACUAUUACAUUGACGAAUCUUCCCUCAAAAACUACCCAUCCGAGAGUAAGCAAAGGUUUCUCCAAAUGGUAUUUGGAUAUUGAUUACUUCGUGAUCACCGUACCUAAUAAAGCAGAAGAGAUUGUCACCACAACGAUUGACGACUCCUCGCCUUAUGCUCAAUAUGUCGGUACGGGAUGGAACAACAGUACUUUUGGCAGGGGAUAUUAUAACAAUACGGCGGAAGUCAAUUAUGGUGUAGGCGAUUAUAUGAGUUUGAAAUUCACCGGGACAAAUAUACAAGUCUACGGUACUAUCAAUACAGACCAUGGCGCAUAUUCUAUUUCGAUGGACGGUAACCCAGCCAAAAUGUAUGAUGGGUAUUUCUUCCAAGCGCGAUUUUCGACUGUUUUGUACACUGCAACCAAUUUACCAGAAGGAGAACACACGCUGGUGAUGCAAAAUGCCGGCGGGGCCAAAGAAGGAAAUGGGAUGGAAUUCGACUAUGCGGUUGUCAAUUCGAAUAAGUCAAGCAUCGGCUCUGGCAUCGGCACCAGUACUGGCGGUGAAAACAAGUCCAGCUCCAAUGACAACAACCCUACCAACUCAGACUCUGACGCUUCCUCGUCUUCGUCAUCAAUAAGUAAUGUUGGCGCUAUCGCAGGUGGAGCCGUAGCAGGCGUGAUUGGUGUAUUGGCUAUCGCAGCACUGUUCUGGUUUUUCCUCUUCAAGAAGAAAAAAGAUCAAAGCCGAGUCAACGAGAGGGAGUUAAUUGAUCUUACUGGCGACGAAGUUAAACCUUAUCCAGGUCAAAAUCAAGAUUCACCUUACUAUGACAAUCCACCUUUACACCUUGGUAUGCCAUACACUUCUUCCAGCGUCAGUGGCAAUUCAGUGACCAACGAAGGUCCCAUCAUCAAUACGUCAGCGAACAGUACAUCUUUCCUUACGGCCAUUCCUGCACCUCCAGGAUCGAACGCUUCUUCUUACCCUAUAACGCAAAAUAGCCAUAGUCAAUAUGCUUCCUCGUCCGGUGAUGGCAACGGCGAUGGCUCAUCAACUUUCGCUGCUCCUUCCGCAAACACCUUUGGACACCCACCGACAGCCAGCGAAGGUGGUCAUGCUAAUGCUCAAAGUCUUUCCCCGAUCAGGAGGUUCGGGAAUGGCGAUACCAAGAAUCUACUUACUCUUCAGAGUUACAAUAAUGGGCAGAACGAACUCAACCUCGGUCAAGGUCCAGUAGCUGACACCGCCCCUCCACAAUAUUCAGAGGAGGAUACCAGUAACUUGAGAGUCUAA